CACCAGUCAUCAGGCCGCCACAACGUUCUGUAGCAGUUGCCAACGAGCAGUCGCCCGGCAAACAACACACACCCAUCUAACACCACAUCCUAGCCAGUGAGGAGGCCACUGAGAGAUUUUUACCAAAUCCUUGUACAAAUGGCUGCACUUAGUUUCAGCCCAUCACCGCCAUCACCCACAAACCUGCAGAAUGGGGGCGCUGGAGGAGGAGGAGGAGGUGGAGGAGCUGACCAUGGCAAAGAGAAUACUUCGACUAAGUCGGCAGUCACACCACUGGGUAGCAAAUCAUUUGCCAAAAUCACCGUACACAAUGUCCUGAGCGAAAGUGGAGCCAACUCGCUGCAACAACAUAUUGCCAAUCAGAAUACGAUAAUAAGAAAAAUCAAGGAUUUCGGAAUGCUUGGAGCGGUACACAGUGCAGCAGCAGUAUCCACCACAACAUCCACAGUGAACACUAGCACCGCCAGCACCACAAUUGGACGUAAACGGCCAUUGGGUGAGACGACGACCAAAUUUCAAAAUGAACAAAAUGCCAACAAGGCGGCAAAUGUGGCGGGAAAACGUACAAAACUAACCAAAAAGAAUUCUCAAGCCAAGGAGAGGCAAACGGCAGUGAAGCCUCUGAUCACUAAGAGCACAGUUCAUCUAUUGGAGCAAUUGGGAGCCAACAAGUUAACAGCAACAACAACAUUAACAACAACAACAACAACAUCAUCACCAACAGCAGCAACAACAAUGGGGACUCCUGGUCGUAAGGGUCUACCCUUACCCCAGGCAGUGGCCAGAAGAAAUGCGCGGGAAAGGAAUCGCGUUAAGCAGGUCAACAAUGGAUUUGCAGCUCUACGUGAACGUAUACCCGAAGAGGUAUCCGAGGCAUUUGAGGCCCAAGGUGCGGGUCGUGGUGCCAGCAAGAAGCUAUCCAAAGUGGAAACAUUACGCAUGGCCGUCGAGUACAUACGCAGUUUGGAACGUUUAUUGGGCUUCGAUUUCCCACCCAUUGGUGGUGGCUUUCAUUCGAAUAGCUCGUCGAGCGGUGAUGAUAGUUUCAUGUUUAUCAAAGAUGAAUUCGAUGGUCUGGAUGAGCAGUUCGAUGAUUCGAUGAGUAACUAUGAAUUGGAUGAACCAACAUUGGCAGUCAACAAUGGAAUUGUUGGAGGAGCAGUUGGAGUUGGCAGUAAUGAAUCAACAAUUGGUACAAAUAAUGCAUCGCCUAUGGAUCUUUUACCCAAUUUGACUACAUUGAAUGGUUUGCAAUAUGUCCGUAUACCUGGCACAAAUACCUAUCAGCUGCUUACAGCCGACAGUCAGAGUUUAGUGGAUGCCUUAAUUGACACAAAUUGCCUGAGCAAUGGUACUGGUGUUGGUGUUGGUCCUGGUCCUGGUCGUGGUCCCGGUCCUGCAGCUGCAAUUGGGAAUGACAACGAAAACGGUGAAUGUGUAAAAUUCAACUCAACCUUAUCGCGAUCGCCCGUGCCAGGAGCAACGUCAGCGUCAGCAGCAACGGCAACGGCAACAGCAACGGCAAUGGCAAGAGCAAUAAGUAGUCCCUGCACAUCCCCCAUCCAAAUGCAACGUAGCAGCAGUUCAUCAAUGCAUCAACCACCAGAAACAACAGAAACGAGUGCAGUUUCACCUGUCGCCGUUGCUAAUGAACUCUUAUUGCAGGCGUGUGCCGCACAACAACAACAAGAACAACGACAGCAGCAGCAGGAACAACAACAACAACUGAUCAAACAGGAAUACACCAGCUCGAUCGAAAACCAUCAGCCACAGCAACAACAACAACAACAACAACAUGAAUUACUCUGUUCCCCCAUAUUGCCCGCCUUCUAUGAUCAGGAGCCAGUUGUUAGCUUCUACGACAAUGUUGUUGUCAGUUUACCAAGUUUCAAAAAGGAAUUCAAUGAUAUGCUCCAUGAUCAAGCCGCCCAUAAUACAACAACUAAUACAGCCGGUGGCUGUCUAUCCGAUGAGAGUAUGAUCGAUGCAAUUGAUUGGUGGGAGGCCCAUACACCCAAAUCGGAUGGCGGUGGCGAAAGAGUAAACAAUACGGGAACAUCCACACCAACAUCGACCUCCACGGCGGUGCUUAUGUGAGAGAAAGAGAGAGAGAG